AUGACAGUCGACGAAUUCGUCAGCAGCAAUGUUUGGAAGUAUGGACCGGUCUGGUUGGCAAACCCACAAGAUACCUGGCCGAUAUCGAAUCCAGCCGCAGUACUCAAAGAGGAUUUGGAGGAAAAGCACGUCGUCGUAGCAGUCCAAACUAUACCCAGCAUAAAUCCUUGGUUCCUACGGUGGUCAUCUUAUACGCGCCUGCUUCAUACAAUCGCAUACUGCCUUCGGUUUGCUGCUAGAACUCGUACCAAAACUAGAACACAACCCAGUGAAUCUCUACAAGAAAAUGUCGACCCAAGAAUACUUACCGUCGAAGAGCUUGCCCAUGCCAAUGCCCUGCUAGUCCGAUUCGCCCAGCAUGACGCUUUCAAAGAAGAAAUAAACGAACUCCAACGUGGCAACCCGCUCUCGAAGAAUUCGCCUACCAGACGGCUUCAUCCCUUCUUGGAUCCAAAGAGAAUCAUGCGAGUUGGGGGUAGGCUAAACCUUUCCCAGCUGCCCUACCAAUCAAAGCACCCUGCCCUCCUACCCAAAGGCCAUCCGUUUUCCCAGUUGAUCGUCGAAGAUUACCAUCGCCAACUGCUCCAUGGCGGCGGGCGUCUACUUCUAUCCACGAUACGCGAAAAAUACUGGCCUUUGAAUGGAAGAAAUCUCGUUAAAAGUGUCGUCCGGAAUUGCUUUCGCUGCUCACGGCACCGUCCGGUUCUUGCACAACAACAAAUUGGACAGCUGCCAGUUUCGCGGGUCAUACAAAAUCGCCCAUUUUCGAUCACGGGUGUGGACUAUGCCGGUCCUCUGUAUUUGAAGCCAAUCCAUAAGCGUGCUGCUCCCGCAAAAGCUUACCUGGCAGUCUUCGUUUGUUUCACUACUAAAGCUGUCCACUUAGAAUUGGUGGGAGACUUGUCUACUCAGGGAUUUCUUGCCGCCUUGCGGAGAUUUAUUGCCAGACGAGGAAUGCCAGCCCAUAUCCAUUCGGAUAAUGGUAAGAAGGAGCUAAAGGUGAACUGA